GUUAGAAGUUUGCGACGAUCGUAUACGUUUGAGCUCAAUAUGGAUUUUAAUGCUUUUUCAAUGUUUCUCGGAAGACGAAUGCAUGUUUAUCCAUUGUUUGACUCCAAGGAACCUGCAGUUAGAGAACUCCAGGACUAUUGCAGACAAUUAAUGCUUCCGUACCCUUUCUUCUAUAUACACACCGAUCCAAUCAAGGUGCCUUUCAAGUACUUUGUGAAGUGCAUGGUAGGCACAAUUUCCAGCCCAAUUUACUAUUAUCAUGAUCAGGAUAUGGCAGUUCGAAAAUCAGCUAUUUAUGUUUUGCGGACACUGAAAGAGGAUAACUUUAACAAUUCUCAAAUAUCUAAUGGUUCUAAGCAUAGUAAAUAAAGAGUAAACUCC